AUGAACUUUCCAUUCCAACUUACCAACCCAAGUCUGUUGAGAGCAGAGGGCUUCGUCGACGGGAAAUGGCAAGCGUCGGCGAGUGGUAAACGUUUCGAUAUCGAAGACCCUGGGACCGGCGAGACAUUCACCUCUUGCGCCGACUUCGACAAAUCGGAUGUUGAUGACGUUGUCCAGUCGAGCGCCAAGGCCUUCAAGGUCUUUGGCAAGGAGAACCCUCGUUCCCGCGCCAGGAAAUUGCUCGAGUGGGAUCGCCUCAUUCGUCAGAACAAGGAUGAUCUCGCUCUCCUUCUGACCUAUGAGUCUGGCAAGCCCCUCGCUGAAGCCCAUGGGGAACUCGACUAUGCCCUGGGCUUCACUUGGUGGUUCGCCGGCGAAGCCGAGAGGAUCCGCGGGAACGUGAGCGUUCCUUCAGCGCCAGACCGUCGCGUUUUCGUGAUCAAGCAACCAAUCGGCGUUUGCGUUGCCCUGGUUCCAUGGAACUUCCCAGUCGCCAUGAUUCUGCGAAAGGCGGGAGCUGCUCUGGCUGCCGGGUGUACCUUUAUCGCCAAACCGUCCCCGGAGACGCCUCUGACAUGCCUCGCAUUGGCGCAACUUGCAUUGGAGGCUGGCUUUUCGCCCGGCGUCUUCAAUGUCGUUCCCACAUCUUUGGAAAAUACCCCUGCAGUUGCAGAGGCUCUCUGCAAGCAUCCUCUGGUGAAGAAGGUGUCCUUCACUGGAUCGACCGCCAUUGGAAGCCUCAUCGCCAAGCAUUGCUCUGAAGGCCUAAAAAAGGUGUCUCUUGAACUAGGCGGAAAUUGUCCAUUCCUGAUUUUUGAUGACUGCAAUCAAGGCCAGGCUCUAGAGGCGCUUCUGGCACUCAAGUGGCGACAUGCCGGACAAGCAUGUAUUACCGCAAAUCGGGUUUAUGUUCAGAGCGGCAUUUAUGAAGAGUUUCUUGAUAAGUUGGUCGCGAGAACCAAACUACUGAAGCAGGGCCACGGACUAGACGUUAACACAACGAUCGGGCCCUUGACGACGGCACGUGGAGUGACCAAGGCUCAACAGCACGUCGAUGAUGCCGUCGCCGCAGGAGCCAAGGUCAUACUGGGAGGCAAACCCGCCCCGGAUUCUAGAAAGGGGUUCUUCUUUCAGCCUACGAUCUUACGGGACGCCACACAAGCCAUGCUGAUCAGUCGCGAAGAGACGUUUGCCCCCGUUCUCGCCGUUUAUCGGUUUGAAACAGAGGAAGAGGCGGUACAAUAUGCCAAUGACACCAGCAUGGGCCUCGCCAGCUACUUCUUUACAAAGAACGUGGACCGUACAUGGAGGCUCCUGGAAGAUCUUGAGGCUGGUAUGAUUGGGAUGAACUCUGGUAACUCAUCUGCAGCCGAGUCGCCCUUUGGUGGCAUGAAGCUAUCGGGGUAUGGAAAGGAAUCUGGCAAAGAUGUUGCUGUGGAGGAGUAUCUUGUAUCUAAAACUGGAACCUUGACGUUGGAAACACUAGGUUAA